UGCAUUUAUAUUUAAAGUAAUUAUUGAUAGUAUGAAGAAGCUUCUGAGCCUGCUAGUGUUGAAUAUCUAGCAUGCCUAGACUUUUAUGGCUUCUAUCAUCUUCUCCAGUUGCCUGCUCGGGACUCUGCCCAGCCAGGAAGUAAACCUACAGAAGGAAGAAUGGCUGCCGGGUGGCUGACAGCCUGGUCACAGAAUGCAGUGACCUUCCAGGAAGUGGCAGUGGACUUUUCCCAGGAGGAGUGGGCAUUGCUGGACCUUGCUCAAAAAAAUCUAUACAAAGAUGUGAUGCUGGAGAACUUUAGGAACCUGACCUCAGUGGGGUAUCAGCUCUGCAGACAUAAUCUGAUCCCCAAGGUGGAUCAGCAAAAGCUGAAGACAGAUGAAGGAGGAAUUCUACAAAGUGACUGUGCAGAGUGGGAAACUCAACUUAAAUCCAAAGAUGUGAUUGCUAUGCAAAACAUUCCUGGGGGAAAAACACCUAAUGACAUAAAAAUGGCACAAACUCAACCUGGUAAGAACCUCCUGGAGUGUAACCAUUGUGGGAAAUUCAGAAAGAACACUCACUUUAUUUGUAAGUAUGGCAAAGUCUUCAACCAUCACUCAACUCUUAGGAGUCAUGUGAGCAUUCACAUUGAAGAGAAUACUCUUGAAUUUACUGAUUGUGGAAAAGCUUUCAAUCAAGAGUCAUCCCUCAGGAAACACUUAACUCCCAGAGGAGAGAAUUCUCAUGAGUAUGAUCAAUGUGAUAUGUCCUUCAGCCUACACUCUUCCUUUUCAGUACAUGAGCAAAUACCUAAUGGAGAGAAAGGCAGUGAAUGCAGUGACAAUGGCAAAAGCUCUCCCCUUAGUGUCCACACAAAGACUGGUAGUGUGCAGGAGGGUUUGGAACAUAAUGAACAUGAGAAAACUUUAACUGCCCCUUUGUCCCUUCAGAACUGUGUCAGAACUCACACUGAGGAGAACCCCUAUGAAUGCAGUGACUGUGGGAAGACCUUCAUUUUUCAGUCUUCCCUUAAGAAACACAUGAGAUCUCAUACUGGAGAGAAGCCAUAUGAGUGUGAUCACUGUGGAAAAUCCUUUAGCCAGAGCUCUCAUUUGAAUGUGCACAAAAGAACUCACACUGGAGAGAAACCCUAUGACUGUAAGGAAUGUGGGAGGGCUUUCACUGUUCCUUCAUCCCUUCAGAAACAUGUGAGAACCCACACUGGAGAGAAACCCUAUGAAUGCAGCGACUGUGGAAAAGCUUUCAUCGAUCAGUCAUCCCUUAAGAAACACACACGCUCUCACACUGGAGAGAAGCCUUAUGAGUGCCCCCAGUGUGGAAAAUCCUUCAGCACAGGCUCUUACCUUAUUGUGCACAAGAGAACUCACACUGGAGAGAAAACCUAUGAGUGUAAGGAAUGUGGGAAGGCCUUUAGGAAUUCCUCUUGCCUGAGGGUACACAUCAGAACUCACACUGGAGAGAAGCCUUAUAAAUGUAUUCAGUGUGAAAAAGCCUUCAGCACAAGCACUAACCUUAUAAUGCACAAGCGAGUCCACACUGGCCAGAAAUACCAUGAAUGAAGUGACUACAGAAAAGUGUUCAUGGUCCUUCAUGCCUUCUUUCUCACUUUAGAACACAGGCUGGAGAGAAGCCCUUUAAUGGUCAUUGUGCUUCUGGCCCAACUCUCAAUGUUAUACUGGCACAAACCUUAUAAAUGUUACAG